UAGUGGCGGAACAAAACAGGACUCGAGCCACAGCAGGCUGUACACAGGUCAUUGAGACUGUCGAAGAGUAGCUAACUAGUUAGGGCGAUAUUACAGGGUAGUUGACAUAGAGCCGUAAGAAAGAGCAAAGUGCCUUAUUUCCCUGCACGGUGAACCCCUUCAGUCUGAACACAAGAAGAUGGCUCAUGAAGUGGCUGACUUCCCUUGUGGCCCGCUGGAUAUCUACAGGAACAAAGCCUCUUUCAACUGGAAGGACAUGCUCUGCUUCUUAGACGGAGAGGAAAUCAUAGCAUUCAAGCAACACUUGUUCAAGACACUUGAGAAUGACCCUCUGUUUGCACGUCGGCCCGGUGAAGACGUCCCUCUCGAGAAAAUGAGAGAGCUGACCUUCCUGAGGGCAAAGCAGCUCUUCCGCUAUGACUUCCUGACAAAAGAAGAGGUGAUGGCUAACCCCUGGAAGACUAUAACGCUCAGUGAUUGCCUGGGCAUGUACGACUGGGCCUUGGCAGCCAAGUACUUUCUCAACAAAGGGAUGUUUGGAGCGACUAUUGCCAACUCCGGAUCAGGGAGACACAGCAAAUAUGUUGAAAACACUGAAGACAUGACCACGUUUGGAUGCUUUGGACUGACUGAGCUGAGCCACGGCAGCAACACCAGAGCCAUGAGGACCACAGCAACAUAUGACCCCUCCACCCAGGAGUUUGUGAUCAACUCUCCGGACUUUGAGGCCGCCAAGUUCUGGGUGGGGAACAUGGGUAAGACUGCGACCCACGCUGUGGUGUUCGCUCAGCUCUACACGCCUGACCAGGUGUGCCACGGCCUGCACUCUUUUGUUGUGGCGCUGAGAGAUCCCAAGACCCUGCUAGCUCUGCCUGGUGUGCUGGUUGGAGACAUGGGCAAGAAGCUGGGCCAGAAUGGACUGGAUAACGGGUUUGCUUUGUUUCAUAAUGUGAGGAUCCCUCGGGAGAAUCUGCUGAAUAAGACGGGAGAUGUUACUCCUGAUGGCCGCUACGUUACACCAUUUAAGGACCCCAACAAGCGUUUCGGGGAGUCUCUGGGUGCUCUGUCAGGUGGCAGGGUGUCCAUCACCAGGAUGGCUUUGGUCAACCUGAAGCUGGCUCUGACUAUUGCCAUCCGCUUCUCAGCCACCAGAAGACAGUUUGGACCCAAAAACACAGAGGAGAUUCCUGUUUUGGAGUACCAGUUACAGCAAUGGCGUCUGAUCCCAUACCUGGCAGCAGCGUAUGCUCUUGAACACUUCUCCAAAUCCAUCUUCAUGAACUUUGUUGAGUUCCAGAUUGGACAGAUGAUGAGGGAGAAGAGUGACAGACAAGCAGAGAUGGGCAGGGAGAUCCAUGCUAUAGGCUGCUCCAGUAAACCGCUGGGCUCGUGGAUUGCUCAGAGAGGGAUUCAGGAGUGUAGGGAGGCCUGCGGUGGACAUGGAUACCUGGCCAUGAACCGGCUGGGUGAUCUGCGUAAUGACAAUGACCCAAACUGCACAUAUGAAGGAGACAACAACGUCUUGCUGCAACAGACCAGCAACUAUCUGCUCAGCUGGUUCCAUGCUAAACACCGCGAUGGUGUGCGCAUUGAGUCUCCUCUUCACACUGUGGACUUCCUGGAUGAUUCCCACAAGAUCCUGGAAAGCAAGUUCACAGCAAGAACGAUGGAGGAGUGUAUGGACUCUGCAGUGCCACUGGCAGCCUAUAAGUGGCUGGUGUGUUUCCUGCUGGAAGAGAGCCAGAAGAGGCUGGAGCAGGAGAUGGCCUCGGGAAAGGAUGAGUUUGAGGCCCGUAACAACAGCCAGGUCUACUAUUGUCGCUCCCUGGCCAUGGCCUACAUAGAACACAACUGCCUCCAAAGGUUUCAUGAGCUGACUACUGAUAUGGACACACCAGCUGGUCUCAGACCUGUACUAAGCAAGCUGUGUGCCCUGUAUGGGCUGUGGAGCCUCAGCAACCACAUGGCCACACUCUACCAGGGUAAUUACUUGAGUGGAAGGAAGCCCACAGAGUUGGUCCAGAUGGCCAUUCUCACUCUCUGCUCCCAGCUGAAGGAUGAUGCAGUAGCAUUGGUGGAUGUUUUGGCACCUACUGAUUUCAUUCUCAACUCACCUAUUGGCAACUCUGAUGGACAGCUUUACAAGAACCUGUGGUCGACAGUGAUGCAGGGCAGCCAGGUGCUGGAACGGCCUUCCUGGUGGAAAGAGUUCUGCUCAGACAAGCCGGUGGUCGGAUCCCUCCGUCCAAAACUCUAGAACCAACUCAACAACCUCACUUUACCACAUUCUAACUAAGUGCAAUUUAAAAUGUAAUGUCCAUACACACAACCUAUUGCCAAAAAAGUGUGUAAGUACCUAAUCAAGUGUUUAUUAUGAAACGCUGGAAUCCUGUGCACUCUUAAGAUCUCCGGAUGAACUAAAGAACUCUUGAUUCCUGGUCUGACGCUAAACAAAUCAAACAGUUACACUGAUACAAUGACACAAUUACCACAAUUCCCUCAUUAACACACAUAGAACCCUUGGACCUGCUCACCAGCACAUUCUCUAAAACAUUAAAGCAUUUACAAGUAUGAACCUGAAAAUGAGCAUAAUAUGGGACCUUUCAAAAACCUACUUGCAAAUGUCAACAUUGUUCCAUUAAAGGCUAAAUGAUGUGUUAACAACUACUACUACAACUAACUGGGCAUAUGCGCCGAAUGUUUUCAAGAUGUCGGAGUUUCAGGAAUUACGUAUUAUUAAUAAUACAUUUUAAAAUUAUUUGGCAUAUUUUAUGUCAAUGGAAAGGAUGACUUUUUGAAUUUCAGUUUGCCUUUAAAUAAUACAAUAUCUUUAGUAUUUCACCGUACUUCAUUGGUAUGAUAAAUGUAAUAAUAACCAUUAUAAUAAUUUAGUUAAAAAUGUAUAUAUUUAUAAGAAAUUGCUGGAUAUACUGUAAGGUUUGGCAUUGACUGAUCAUCCCUACUAUACAGUAUGUUCUAGAACAUUGAAACUGAUUAUGUGAAUUAUACUUGUGAACAGUGCAAUAAUGUAAUUUUAAAAUAGCAUGAUUCCAGUGCAGUUAUGUGUCAGUUAUAUUUUAAAAUCAUCGUUAUGGCCAUACCAAGGAUCAUUAAAAGUGAAUACUAAACAAGGGCUUCUAGGUAACACAAUGCAACUUUAAAGUGUUAACAUAAUUAUCUUUAUUAAAUGUGAUAAAUUAAGGGUCAAUGUGAUUUUGAGCUGUUGUAAUGAUUGGAAAUAAGCCUGUGGUUGUAUAUAACAUAUUUUUAUAUAUAAUAUUCAAGUUUUAGAGAAGGUGUAAGAUUUGAAGUUGUAGAAGAACAUUUACAAAACUCAAAUCUCACUUAACCCUUUAUUAGGCAAAAUCACACAUGAUACAGUACUGUGAGUGUGGUUAUAUGUGACUUAUGUGUUACACUUACAGUUCAGAGUUUCAGACUGAUUGCUGCUAUGAUUGAGUAUUCAAAAGCAUUUCUCUGUUAUAUUGGCUGCAAUAUUUCACCGUUCACAUAGUGUGUGCACACGUUAUUUACACAUUAUCAAUUUUGUUUCCAUACAGCCUUUAUUUACAGGUUUACAAAGAGUUAUAUACAACCACAGGCUUUCUGUGUGUUUUUCUGAACACAUUUGACAUGCAACAAUCUUACUGACCCUUACUGGAGCCUAUAUAAUUGUCUCAACAAACAACCUCAUAAUUACAGUAAACAUCUAGAUGUGAUUUUUUAGAUUUAUUGUAUUUCAUAGUUGAAUGAUGUGAAAUGUAUCUAAUGGGAUGUCAUAUUCUAAUGAAUGUGAAAAUUGUGUGGAUGUCAAGUUUCAUACGACCCUGUAAAGAAUGAUCACAGUUCUUGUAAACACAAUACAAAUUAAAUAAAUGUUCCAUACAAC